AAAACGUCAUCAAAAUGCGACACCCGAUGUCCGCGCGCAGCAUGGUAAUUUAGAACGUGUAGAAAAGCAGUCAUUUCUUGCUUUUAUUUUGUUGUUGAGAAGUUAGAGUGGCUAUUCUAUUUUAGGAAAUGCUGUUAAAUUAAACUUCCUCGCCGGGGAAACGUCUGCAAUACAUCUAUUACGACUGAUGGUGUUCCGGAUAAGGAAGCUGGACUACCUCAAGCAGAAACCAAGGAAUCUAUGUCUUCAAUCAAGGGCAUCUCACAUCUCUCCAAGCGAUCUAAGAGACGUUUGUAUUGUAAAUUGCAGCUGUGGAUGUGGCGGAAACAGAGAGAGAAGUACUUUUGGAAUUUAAUUGGAGGCAGAAAAUUGGUGCCAAUAUGGCGUACCAGAUCAUGCCUCAACAUCAAGGCCCAAUCACUGAAAAGUAAAAGAAAAGUUCCAGAACAAUCACAAAUUAAGACAGCCACUCCUGAUCCAGAUCCCAAAUGUGCUAGUAAAACAACACAUUUUUCACAAACAUCCUACCCUCCGGGCACCAUCAUCCAAACCACAAGCAUGGAACCAGAAAGUGUUGCAGAGUUUGAAUUUGCAGUCCCCUCCAAAAUAACACUCACUGGAUUGGAUUGUCAUCUCAAGAAACAAAGAAACUGUGGUUGUUGUCAGAAGCUUGUUGAUGACCAAUCAACACAAUGCACUGCUGCCCUUCAGGAACUACUUCCAAAUGCCGACACCAAAAUCUUCAGCAAGAGCAAAAUACCUCCUCAAAAUGAAGUUGGCCUUACAGAACUGACAGACAGUAUCCAUGAAUUUCUUCAUGACUUCUUCACAAUGUAUGGAACCUUCAUCCCACUGCAAAAACGUGACGUGCUGAGACACCUGAAGAGGAUGUUUAACACCGAUUUCAAUGACAGGAGAAAAUCCAUCUAUGAGGUUGUAAAGUGCAAAAUCUCUCAAAUGUGGAAACCCAUUCCCUCCUUCCGAGUGGUCUUUAAGAAACACACCCUGACACUGGAUGAUUUGACCACGCUGGCCUAUCAGAACUGGCUCAAUGACCAGGUCAUAAACAUGUAUGGGGAAUUGAUAAUGGAGGCUGCUCAACACAAGGUCCAUUUUUUCAACAGUUUCUUCCACCGACAGCUCAUGACCAAGGGUUAUUGCGGUGUUAAGAGAUGGACAAAGAAGGUUGAUUUGUUCUCCAAGACUCUACUGUUGGUGCCCAUCCAUUUGGAGGUUCACUGGUGUCUGGUAGCCACAGAUGUCGUGAGAAAGAAGAUCUGUCUGUUUGACUCUCAAGGGAAUGAACCGCUCGACGUUGUACAGAACAUCCUGAACUACUUGAUCGUAGAAGCUAGAGAGAAGCGACGCACGUCUUUCAUAAAUGGUUGGAACAUGUCACUAGAAGAGAAUGUGCCACAGCAAACCAAUGAGAAUGACUGUGGCGUUUUUGUCUUGGAGUAUUCCAGAUGCCUUGCCUUGGCUCAGCCACUCCACUUUUCACAGAAAAACAUACCUGGGAUACGCAAGCGGAUCUACAAGGAGCUUUGUGAAUGUAACCUCAAAGAACAGGCUCAACAAUGACAAACCACUCA